AGUCGAAUUAGAGGGUUUAAACAUCGCGAAACACACAAUAAUUUCUCAAGAAGCAUUGCUCGUUCGUGAUAUUUCUAAAGGAACACAUUAUUUCUACCUCUUUCGCCUUCCUCAACGUUAUCUGUUCUUCGCAAACUUGGAUCCCUGCUCAUUUCACCAGCCUUGGUGCACAGUUAAGCUGAAAUGAGUGAUACAGAAAAAAUGGUUGAGAUCAAUAUGGCAUCCUCUGUUGAGUUGAGCUCGUCUCUGCUAGAACAGCUAGGAAAGGCGUUAGUUGAGCUAGCUACUCAUAACACUGUUCCCAGCACCCUAGUUCCAUGGACUGAUGUUGAGGCACAUUUCCGUAACUUGGAGUUAAUUGCGAAAAAGACAUUUGAAGAACUUGAAGCCAAGGAGAAGGAGUUUACAGAGAGGGAGUCUCACAAUCACAUGGUUUUUGCUGAGAAAGAGGCAGCAGUGUUGGCUAAGGAGCAGGAUUUGUUAGAUAGGGUGCAGGAGCUAAAAGAUGCUGCUGUGGCUGAAAUCGAUAAAGCUAGGGCAAAUCAUAAGGUAAGCAGCUCUGUUGAUGAUGAAAUUGCAUCAAUUGACCCCCAACAAGAAAGGAAAUCCCCUCAUGAAAAAAUUGAGGGGAAUGUUGAAGGUGUUGCUGUCGAGGUUAAUCCUUGUGCAGAGCUGACACAAAUUUGUGAGCAGAUGGAUUCUUUAGGACUUCUAAAAUUGGUCCUGGAAAACCUAGAAAACCUUUCCUCUCGUUUUAAGGACCAGCUGUCAGUUGCACUUGGUAGUGCCAUUGAGCCAGCGUGUUUGGUGCUUGAUGCACUGGAGGGAUUCUUCCCUCCCAAAGAAAUGACCCAAGAAGGGGAUAAUGACGAUGUUGCCCUUCGUGGCAUGCGUCAGUCUUGUCUAAUCCUUAUGGAAGCCUUGUCUGCCUUCUUGUCAAAGGCUGGCUGUGCCGCCACAGAUAGCUUUCUUAGCCCUGAAACCAAGCAACGGGCGAAAUUUAUUGCCAAUGAGUGGAAACUUAAGUUGACUCUGGAAAACAUUAAUGGAAAUGCAUUGGAAGCAGAGGGAUUUUUGCGGCUGCUUGGAACCUUUAGGAUUGCCUCUGAAUUUGAUGAAGAAGAACUCUGCAAGUAUGUUCUUGCAGUUGCUCAUCACUGGCAGGCAACUGAGCUUUGCCGCUCUCUUGAUUUGACACAAAAGAUACCAGGUUUAGUUGAGACACUGAUUAAUAAUGGGAGGCAAAUUGAUGCGGUGCAUUUUAUCCAUGCAUUCAAGCUCCCCGAGUCUUUCCCUCCUGUUCCUCUUUUAAGAGCAUACUUGAAAGAAAUAAGGAGAAACUCACAAGGAAAUGGCAGUGCUGCCUUACAGAAUAAUUACAAUGCUCGAGAACUUGAAGCAUUGAGGACAGUCAUUGGUUGUGUCGAACAAUACAAACUCGAACCCGACUACCCUCUUGAACCACUCCAUAAAAGGGUUUCCCAGCUAGACAAAUCUGCCAAAGGUGAUAAUACAAAGAGGACAGCUGAAACCGGUUAUCACCGGCAACAACAAAAAAAGCCGCGAUCUGACAGAGGAUACCAGGGCUCACGAGCUCGGGGGUCUGGCCUUGGGAGACGGGCCCCACCAGCGAGGGCAGCAUACAAUGCAGUAUCUGUACAACCAGAGAGGUACAUUCCUACUGUUCCACAUCUUCAUAGCUAUCAUCAAGUUUCUGGUCAACCUAUCUAUGCUGCUCAGGGUAUUGAUCAAAGAUUGCCUUACUAUCCACAACAAGAUACAAGGCCUAGAGGACCUAGCUAUGGUUCUCAUGUGCAACAAUCACGCCAACCAUAUGUCUAAGUUAGACCUGAUCAUCUAUGGACUGGCCCGCUGUCCCGACCCAGCAUGGCCCGAAUUUUGAUCACCUCUAGUUUUCAAAUGGCAGUUUAUUUUGUAACCAUGUUUUGGUAUGUCGCGUAGCAGCCAGCUAUAGUAGCUGAUUAUCAAAGGCUAGGCAAGCAGUAACAACAUAUUGGGAGGCUACAAUUUGUUUUAGGUCAGUGCUGAGCCAUUAGUAAGGUAUGUGGUUCAUUGCUGUGCACUUGGCGGAGUUGUAUGUUUCUGUAUUUUACAUUUUCGUAUAGCGCUGCUUGCUAGUUGCAACUUCACUCUUAAGUUAAGCGUGGAGGCAAUAUAUAUAUUUUUAUAUGGGUAAGGCGACAAAUGAUGUAGACAUGAUUCGAUCUCAGGUAUUGGGUAUCACCCCCUAGUUGUCAUUAUAAAAAAGAAGUUAUUUUAUACAAGUCGAGCAUUUAUCAUGAA